AGUGACAAUCUGCUGCUGGAGCCUAGCCGCAGGCAAGCCCAUCAUGGAGACAGCCUCCCUUUCAGAGGUGGCCCCAGGAACCGUGCUUAAGCUGAAAGGAGACAGCCCAGCGGAUGCGGAAGGACCCCAGGCUCCACCUCGACAGGGAGUGGACAGCCCCACACCCCAGCACCUGUCCCCCAUAGAAGAGCUUCCCAAGAUCUGGCUACCUCGGGCCCUGAGGCAGACCUACAUCCGCAAGGUUGGAGACACAGUGAACCUGCUAAUCCCCUUCCAGGGCAAACCCAACCCUCGAGCCACCUGGACGCGUGACGGCCAGGCCUUGGAUGCCCGUCGUGUGAGUGUGCGGAACGGGGACAGGGACUCCAUCCUCUUCAUCCGCGAAGCCCAGCGUGCUGACUCAGGCCGCUACCAGCUGAGUGUGCAGCUGGGCGGCCUGGAGGCCAUCGCCACCAUUGACAUCCUGGUGAUCGAGAAGCCAGGCCCACCUCAGAAUAUCAAGUUGGUAGAUGUUUGGGGCUUCAAUGCUACACUGGAGUGGACUCCUCCCCAAGACACGGGCAAUACAGCACUCCUGGGAUACACAGUGCAGAAGGCUGACUCAAAAUCUGGGCUGUGGUUCACGGUGCUGGAGCACUAUCACUGCACCAGGUACACCGUCUCUGACCUCAUCAUCGGCAACUCCUACGCAUUUCGGGUCUUUGCUGAAAACCAGUGUGGGCUCAGUGAGACAGCCACCGUCACCUCUGAUCUUGCCCACAUCCGGAAAGCAGCUACUGUUUUCAAGAUCGAGGAGUUUGCCCAGCGAGAUUUCUCUGAAGCCCCCAAGUUUACCCAGCCUCUGGUCGACUGCACUACAGUCACAGGCUACGACACCCAGCUCUUCUGCUGUGUCCGAGCCUCUCCCAAGCCCAAGAUCAUCUGGCUGAAGAACAAGAUAGAAAUCCAGGGCAACCCCAAGUACAGAGCUCUCAGCCACCUGGGAAUCUGCUCCCUAGAAAUCCGAAAGCCUGGUCCCUGCGACGGGGGCAUCUACACCUGCAAGGCUGUUAAUGCCCUGGGAGAGGCCUCUGUGGACUGCAGGGUGGACGUGAAAAGUGGAAGCGUCAGCACGCUCUCCAGACUUUAG